CAGCAUCUUCGAUCUUGCGGGGCGAUUAACCCACUCCUUGGCUGUGUGUUCUGCAAUGAAGAGAUGUCUAGCGCUGGGAGUGUCUGUAGCCAUAUCGAGUCUGGCUCGUGCCGGGCUGCGUCUCAUCUGAAGCGGGAUGAGGUGUAUCGAUUUGUUCGCCUGAAGGAUCACGACGGUGUCAUAUCGAAGAACAUGCUGAACUGGGGCGGUACUGUGAAAUACACAGCCACGCAUGGGGCUUGGAAUGGAAGUGGAUAUCAAUGCAAUAUCUGCAUGCGACACUUCGAUCUUCUACAAGGAUUGAAUCAGCAUCUCAACAGACACCACCAAAGCAAGAUCUACCACUGCCCGAACGAACAGAAUAUGCUGAAGGCCAUUUCGGGAUCUUGCCGACGUCGUGAGCCACCUCGAAAGCGAGAAAUGAGACUUUAUCAAAUACCACAAAAUCGGAAGAAGUUGCCUGACAUCGUCCGUGGUAACAAGUGGAUUUCCUUUUAG